AUGUUUUCAAUUUCACCAAUUAUUGAAGAAUCAACAACGAGCUCCACUUCAUCAUUAAGUGAUUCAAAGAAAAAAACAAAAAAAAUGAGAGCAUCAGAGAAAGAAACAGAAGUAAAAAAUGAAUUAAAUAGAAUUAAAAAGAUAAUAGAUGAAAAAAUAACACCUAAAAGAGGAUUAAAAUUUAACAAUAGUUGUAAACAUCAAGUAAAAAAUAUUUUUUCUCAAAAAGAUACAAAUAAUUUAUCAUUGGAAGAUAAAAAACAUAAUGAUGAAACACUAAUAAGAGCUGCUGUUGAAUUGGACAAAGAUAAUGAAAUUUUAACUCCAGAUACAGGAAUUGUAACAGAUUUUAGUAUAUCUGAAAAAAUUAUUCCAUAUAAGAAUGAUAAAAAUGCAAGAUUUUUUAGUUAUGAUGAUAUAAAAAAAAUUGAUAAUUCUUUUGAGAUUCCACAAUCUAGUUACAUUAAUACAACUAGUCCAAAAGUGUACAUUAAUUCAAUAGACACAGUUGAUUCAACAAUUGAUGAUAAUAAUGAUAUUUUUAAUACGACAAUGCUCGAUGAUGUUUCUGAAGCUAUUCAUGGUGUAAUAGACGAAGUGGAACACAAUGUAGAUGAAAAAAAAGUUACAUUUGCCGAGGAACUUGUCAAAGUCGAUGAUAUUAAAGAUAGAGAAGAAGUUUCUGCAGUUCAUGAUUAUUAUUAUUACAGUGACGAUGAACAAACUGUUUUUCAUAAUGAUAUUAAUGAUAAUAGUGAAAUUGAUUUAGAUGACAACUGUGAAACUAUUGUUUCUUUAUCUGAAGAAUCAAGUAAAAGUAUCAAAAAAAAAUUAGAUGAUUCUUUGUCACAAGAUUCAACCGGUACUUAUGAUCCUCUUGAUUUGUUAGAAAAUCCUGAUCAUUUUAAUUUAAGUUUGUCUUCAACUAAGACAGCUUUUGAAAUUGGUAUACCAAAAAGUUCAAGAAAAGAAACAUCUGCUUAUUUGCCGAUUUCUUCAAUAUCUAAUGAAAAUUAUAAUAAUUUGAAAGAUGAAAUAAUUAAUUUAAAAAAAAAUCAAGAAAUAUUACUAAAUAUGAUGGAGAAUAUAAUAGUAAAUAAUGAAAAAAUGUUAGAAGAAGUAACAAGAAGUAGAGAAGAAAUAAAUGGAAUGUUAAAUAACAAAAUAUUUGAAUUAGAAACAGAACUUGAAGCAGCAGAUAAAGAAGUAAUUGACUGUUGCAAUCGUGCUACACACUAUCGUAGAGUAUAUCUAGAGUUAGCAGUAGAAGGAAACAAAAUAACUGUAGAAGAUGCCGUUGGUCAAAUGAAUGAUCCUUCUUAUAAUGAGGAAUAUUUUGAGAGAUUUAAAAAAAUUCCAGAAAAUGAAAUUAAAAGAAAUUUAUCAUCUAUUGACAUGACUAAUAAAAGGAUUACAAUUGAGAAAUUAGAUAAACCUUCAAGUAGUAAUUCAACAUUAAAAAGAAUAAGUAGUUUUCUUAGUCCAAGAAAAAGUAAUAAUUAA